UUUAAACCGAUCGUGGUGCGUAAAGGCUGCGCGUAAAAAUCAGCGGACGAACAAAUCUGACCAGCCUCAGGAAAAAUCAACACUUGUUUUUUCCCCUGUUUUACGUCCCGUUUCAAGCUGAUCUGGACGAGGUGAAAUACCAAUCGGACACAAGAGAAGAGUUACAAAGAAAUUUCUGCCAUAUUUCUAAAGAUUUCUUCUCAUCAGUCCGGGCGCCAGCAUGAUGUCCUAUCUGAAGCAGCCUCCGUACACGGUGAACGGACUGAGUUUAUCUACCUCAGGAGUGGACCUGCUGCAUCCUUCAGUGGGAUACCAAGCAACCCCUCGCAAACAGAGGAGAGAGAGGACGACGUUCACUCGGGCCCAACUCGACGUGCUGGAGAGUCUGUUCGCCAAGACUCGGUACCCUGAUAUCUUCAUGAGGGAAGAGGUGGCCUUAAAGAUAAACCUGCCUGAAUCCCGAGUGCAGGUAUGGUUCAAAAACCGACGAGCCAAACAUCGCCAGCAAGCCCAGCAAACCCAAAGUGGAGUGCAGAACAAAACUGUCAGCAGACCUGUGAAAAAGAAAGGCUCUCCGGUCACAGAGGCCAGCUCGGAGAGCGGAGCCAGCGGCCAGUUUACGCCGCCCUCGAGCACCUCGCUACCGGCUAUAGGCAGCAGUGCGGCGCCUGUCUCUAUCUGGAGCCCGGUCUCCAUUUCCCCGCUCUCGGACCCGCUGUCUACCUCCUCAUCCUCCUGCAUGCAGCGCUCUUACCCUAUGACCUACACCCAAGCGUCCGGCUACAACCAGGGUUACACGGGAUCUUCGUCCUAUUUCACCGGGAUGGACUGCAGUUCUUACCUUUCACCUAUGCACCACCAACUAUCCGCCGGGGGAACCACCAUGAGCCCCAUGGGCAACAACGGGGUUACCAACCACCUGAGCCCCGCGUCCUCCCUCUCCACGACGGCGUACGGAGCGGCGGGGCUCGGCUUUAGCGGCGCUGCAGACUGCCUGGACUAUAAGGACCAAACAGCCUCGUCGUGGAAGUUCAAUUUCAACGCGGACUGUUUGGAUUACAAAGACCAAGCAGCGUGGAAAUUUCAAGUGUUGUGAAAAAAAUAAAGGGACUAAUUUCACAAACUGCACAUUUAACAGGAACAUUGAAGCCCAAGGUUGGGAACAAGAAGGGCGGCUUUCCGCGGCUACAGGCCCUAACUUCUACCACGGGCGGAACAG